AUGAUCUCGAUACUCAAUUCUCUAGCCUACGGGGCUAUCGGCCUGUUGGUAUACAGUUCUCUCCUUGUUAUAUACAGGCUCUGCUUUAGCCCAAUCGCGCAGAUUCCAGGCUCGAAACUUGCUGCCGCGACUUCCGCACCGUACAACAAGCUUACCAAAUGGAAUGAUCGUUUCGGAAUCCCGCUGUCAACUCACGGUACUGCCCAACAUGAGCUCCAUCACAAACGCCGCAUGGCUAUCAACCCAUAUUUCUCAAAGAAAUCCAUCAAUGAGCUAGUCCCACAGAUUCAAGAUCGCAUGACGACACUAUUGAACCAUUUGCGAAAGGACUAUGAAGAUAAAGACAAGGUGCUGUCCCUAACGGACAUGUGGGCCUCAUUUGCUGCCGAGAACAUCUUCGCUUAUACGUUUGCGUGGAGCUACAACUUCUUGGACUCGCUGGAUGAGAAGAAUCCCUUUCUCGAAUCAAACCGGGAGUUGGCGCAAACUGUCCAUGUUACCGGACACUAUCCUCAAUUCCUCAAGUUCAUGCAAUCGAUUCCGGAGUCGUGGGUCGCAGUUUUGAAUCCAAGUAUGAAGGCAAUAUUCGACUUUCAGAACGGGAUAGUCGCUCAGAUUGUCAGGAUGAAAAAAGGCAAGAACGAGACUCUCAAUAAGUCAGAGAACCGCACAGUCUUCCAUGAUAUCCUGGAAUCCGAUCUUCUACCACCAGAAGAGAAAUCGAUCACGCGGAUGCAGCAAGAAGCCACCGCUAUCUGCGUUGCUGCCAUUGGCACUAUAUCCACUUCACUGUCUCACGCAUGCUUCGAGAUUUUACGAAACCCCACGAUCAAAUCGCGACUAGAAAAGGAACUCCAAGAUUCGUUUCCAGAUCACUCAAGGGCCCCUACUCUGAGUGAACUCGAAAGACUUCCGUAUUUGACCGCGGUGAUACAAGAAACUGACACCACCAUGAUAGCUCUUCGCGCUUCAAUAGGCGUAGCACAGCGACUCUCCCACGUUCAACCAACACCCAUAACCUACGGCAUCUACACCAUCCCAGCGAACACUCCCAUCGGCAUGAACAUCUACAACCAGCACUACGACCCCCGCAUCUUCCCUGACCCCAACAAUUUCCAACCCGACCGCUGGUUGGGCGAUCCCAAAGUCCCAGUGCCCAAGGACUCUUCCGCUCAAGCCGAGAAAGGAGGAGAACAGGAGGAGAAGACCCGCCAAUCACCGCUCUCUCGCUUCCUCGUACCGUUCUCCAAAGGCCCCCGGAACUGUCUGGGCCAAUUUCUCGCGCAUGCAGAAUUAUACAUCGGCCUUGCGAGUCUGUUCCGGAGUAGUGCCGGUAAAGUAAUGAGAUUGUAUGAGACGGAAGAGAAGGAUAUUUUCAUGGCCAGAGAAUAUUUCGUUCCGCUGCCUGUUAGGGGGGCUAAUGGCGUGAGGGUGAAGAUUGGGGAAAAGCAUGGCGAGGAGGAGAUAUCGUAG